AUGAACGCCAACUACAACAACUAUACAGGAGUGUCUGACUUCAUUACCUCAGAAGAACUACACUCUAGUGCCUCCUCGAAUCCUAAUUCAGUUUCUCCCUUUGGUGUACAGAAUUCUCCACCCGAUGGGUACAUCCACACGGUUGAUGAUGGGAUCCAUGCACAACAAAUGAAUAUUACGGCAGAUCACUCGACCUUGGGGAACCUAGACUCUAGAUCAUUGAACCAGGCUGCAGAGACUCGACAAGGAGAUGGUCAGGACCAGAUGAGAAAUACCGCAGCUCGGCCCGUGACUAAAAGUAGAAGAGCAUGCGACUCGUGCAGUAUCCGCAAGGUCAAGUGUGAUUUGAAAGUUCCUUGUGGCAGAUGUGUUACACACGGCUUGGAGUGUACAAACAUUCGAGUAAAGAAAAAGUGUGGUCCAAAGAAGAUACACGACAAAACAAGAGAUGCAAUAAAGAAACUUGCAAUUACAACUGCAUUAGAAACUAACCACUUUGUGCCAUUAAUCAGCUUAGAGACUCUACUACCUUGUCUUAAUGUUUAUCAGGUCUGGUAUUACGGAAUAUGGCCUGUCGUAUCAGUGGCAGAACUAAUUUCCCGAAUUGUUGAACCAUCGGCAUACGCAUUGGGGUGUGCUAUUUGCGCCACAAUCACUGGCCAAGUGAAGUUUAUGGCCAAUCAAAAACUCGUACCAAAAAGUAUCCUCGAUAUCGAUUUUACUUCAGAAGCCAUUCGAGUGAAAAAAACUGAGCCAACUUUGGAAUGCAUUUUGACUUCGUUUUUUCUCCAUAUUGCAUUGGCUCACGCGGAUGCUGGUGCAACUGCUGUAUGCUAUUUGAGGGAAUCAAUCACCCUUGCACAGAUUAUGGGGCUUGACAGAGUGGAAACUUAUUCCAGUUCACCAGCGGAAACUCACAGAAUGAGGAAAAUCUACUACUUAUUGGUGGUUACCGAACGUUUUGUGGGUCUUGAGCUGUCACUUCCGGUUAUACUUGAACCAUCUGUGCCGUUUCCUUCUCUUGACGACGAGGAAUAUUCAAUAUUAAUUGGUGGUUUCAAGGAAUUGGUUAAGAUUUUUGCAAUACCCAACAAGUCCAUUUUUGAUCAGUUUCGAGCACUCAAGCAUGAUACAAACUCCUUCCGCUUAAUAUCGACAGUACAGAGUCAGCUACAACAGAUUACAAUACUUGAAGCCGCGCCAGACAUUCAAAAGGCAAACAUAUUAAUAAGCAAGUACUGGAUGAUGACCUUGACCUGGGAGGCAGCUAGCACAAACAAUAUGAUUGACGGUUCAGAGUUUUGUCUAUCAAACGAGUUCCCAAUAGCCAUUGCUAGAGAGUUUUGCGAAACGACAAGAACACUUCCUUUAAUAUCUUUUGAGUUUAAUGGGCCUGGUGUCUGCGUUAAACUUCAGGUAAUUGCGAGAGCCCUCAUGAAAGCGGUAAACAUAACAAGAAAUCCUACUGGAUAUGAGUAUAUGCGGCGCAUCUUUGAUAUGUUGGCACAGCUAAAAAACGAAGUGCGGCUUUCGAUAACCCAAUUUCAAGCUUUGGAACUUACUUUAACUAGUAUGGAAUCGAUGUUGAGUUUGAGAGGAGUCAAAGGAGGAUACUUGACAGAUGUGGAAGCAUUUGAUGGUGUUAUCGGUCUGAAUAUCUACGGGGGAGUAUCCUGA